GUGGAUUAGGAGCAUUUCGCUACCUGGUGUCUUGUGAUGAUGCAGCUUAGAUGUGAUGCAGAUCCAUCAGCCCUUGCUAAGUAUGUUCUUGCUUUGGUAAAGAAGGAUAAAAGUGAAAAAGAACUGAAGGCAUUGUGUGUUGAUCAGCUUGACGUGUUUCUUCAAAAGGAGACACAGAUAUUUGUUGAAAAACUUUUUGAUGCUGUGAAUACGAAGAGCUAUCUACCUCCACCAGAGCAGCCAUCAUCAGGAAGCUUAAAAUCAGACUUCUUUCAGCAUCAGGAAAAAGAAACAAAAAAGGAGGAGGUAAUUAAAGAGGAAGAGCGAGAGAAAAAGUUUUCUAGAAGGCUAAAUCAUAGUCCUCCUCAGUCAAGCUCAAGGUACCGAGAAACCAGAAGCAGAGAUGAAAGAAAGAAGGAAGAGCGCUCUCGUAAGAGAGAGUAUGAGCGGAAUCCGCCACGAAGAGAAUCUUAUAGGGACCGUUAUAACAGAAGAAGGGGACGAAGCAGGAGCUACAGCAGGAGUCGCAGUAGAAGCUGGAGCAAGGAGAGGUUGCGUGAUAGAGAUAGAGACAGGAGCAGGAGUCGAACUAGAAGUAGAACAAGGAGCAGAGAGAGGGAUCUGCCAAAACCAAAAUAUGACUUGGAUAGAACAGAGCCACUAGAAAACAACUAUACUCCUGUUUCUUCUGUGACAAACAUUUCGUCUGGCCACUAUCCUGUCCCUACGCUAAGUAGCACUAUAACAGUUAUUGCUCCUGCUCACCACGGAAAUAAUACUACUGAAAGUUGGUCAGAAUUUCGUGAAGAACAGUUGGAUCACAAUUCUUAUGGGAGACCACCUCUGCCGAAGAAACGUUGCAGAGACUAUGAUGAAAAGGGUUUCUGUAUGAGAGGAGACAUGUGUCCUUUUGAUCAUGGAAGUGACCCUGUAGUUGUAGAAGAUGUGAACCUUCCAGGCAUACUGCCUUUUCCGGCCCAGCCACCGGUUGUUGAAGGACCACCUCCACCAGGACUUCCUCCCCCGCCACCUAUUCUUACUCCUCCUCCUGUAAACCUUAGACCUCCUGUUCCACCUCCAGGCCCUUUACCGCCCAGCCUUCCACCUGUUACAGGACCACCACCUCCGCUUCCACCUUUACAGCCCUCUGGUAUGGAUGCCCCCCCAAAUUCUGCAACCAGUUCUGUUCCUACAGUUGUAACAACAGGUAUUCAUCACCAGCCACCCCCGGCUCCACCAUCUCUUUUUACAGAAACAUAUGACACAGAUGGCUAUAAUCCUGAAGCUCCAAGUAUAACCAGUACUUCGAGACCCAUGUAUAGGCAUAGAGUGCAUGCGCAAAGACCAAAUUUGAUAGGACUUACAUCAGGUGAUAUGGACCUGCCACCAAGAGAAAAGCCUCCUAAUAAAAGCAGCAUGAGGAUAGUAGUAGAUUCUGAAUCCCGAAAAAGAACUAUUGGUUCGAGUGAUGGAAUUCAAGCAAAGAAGAAUUGGUUUGAUAAGCAAAAUUUUAGCAGAACAAACAGUCCAGCUUUCCAGAAGAAGGUUCAGUUUGGAAAUGAAAAUACCAAACUUGAACUGAGGAAAGUUCCCCCAGAGCUUAAUAAUAUCAGUAAGCUAAAUGAGCAUUUCAGCAAAUUUGGAAAUUUAGUAAAUUUGCAGGUUGCCUACCAGGGAGAUCCAGAAGGAGCCCUCAUCCAGUUUGCAACACAUGAAGAGGCAAAAAAAGCUAUAUCAAGCACAGAAGCAGUGUUAAAUAAUCGAUUUAUUAAAGUCUAUUGGCAUAGAGAAGGCAGUGCUCCACCAAUAUCAACUUCAGUGCAGAAGGUAAUACAGCCUUUAGCCCAGCAGCCCAUUCUACCUGUUAUGAAGCAAUCAGUCAAGGAACGGUUAGGUCCAGUGCCUGCAAGUAAUAUUGAACCAGCUGAAGCUCAUAGUGCCAGUACAGAAGUUGUUCAGAAUGUAACAAAACUGUCUGUGAAGGACAGGCUGGGGUUUGUGCCUAAACCACAUAAUCCAACCACUGAAAAGGUAUUGUCUACUUCUACUGGCUUGACAAAAACAGUGUAUAACCCAGCUGCUUUGAAGGCAGCUCAGAAAACUUUGCCUGUUGUUAACACUUCCGUGCUAGAUUCUAGUGAAGCACAGAAGAAAAAACAGGAAGCAUUAAGACUUCAGCAAGAUGUGAGGAAGAAAAAGCAAGAAAUCUUAGAAAAGCACAUUGAGACACAAAAGAUGCUGAUUUCAAAGCUGGAGAAAAAUAAAACUAUGAAGUCAGAGGACAAAGCUGAAAUUAUGAAAACUCUGGAAACUUUGACUAACAGUAUCACCAAGUUAAAGGAUGAAUUGAAAGGAGUCUGUUCCCCAGCAAGUGCACCACUGAAAAACAUGAAAACGAAAACACAGAUGCAAAAAGAGCUACUGGAUACUGAAUUGGACUUAUAUAAGAAGAUGCAGGCUGGCGAAGAAGUCACUGAACUAAGAAGGAAAUACACAGAACUGCAGCUUGAAGCCGCAAAGCGAGGAAUUCUUUCCUCAAGUCGUGGGAGAGGAAUUCACACACGAGGUCGCGGUGUAUCUCGCGGGAGAGGCAGGGGAGUACGAGGCCGAGGUCGAGGAAGAGGUGUGUCUGUUCAUGCUGUUGUGGAUCACCGGCCUAGAGCACUUGAAAUCUCUGCUUUUACAGAAAAUGACCGAGAAGAUCUCCUUCCUCACUUUGCGCAAUAUGGUGAAAUUGAAGACUGCCAGAUAGAUGACUCAUCUCUCCAUGCGGUGAUUACUUUCAAGACAAGAGCAGAAGCCGAAGCAGCUGCUAUCCACGGAGCUCGGUUCAAAGGGCAGGAUCUGAAGUUGGCCUGGAACAAGCCUAUCCCAAGCAUGUCAGCAGUAGAAACAGAGGAGCCAGAACCAGAUGAAGAGGAAUUUCAGGAAGAAUCCUUGAUAGAUGACUCGCUGCUUCAAGAUGAUGAUGAAGAUGACGACGACAACGAAUCGCGUUCUUGGCGAAGAUGAUUCAGCUUAUUACUGACAAUGCUAGAACUGUACCUAUGUUGCAUUAGCAUUUCCUAAUGUACUUUUGCAUAUUUGUACUACAAGAAGUUUGGGUGAAAGUGCUGAGUUUCAGAUAAGACACGAACAGCUGAUUGAUCUUGUAUUUUGAGUGAUUGAUGUUCAAGUUGCAUUUACAUUUCGGUAAAUGAUUGCUAAAGACAUCACAUUAGGAACAUAUGCAAUGUUUUUAUUACUUCUAAGGAAACAUUAUGGAAUUCUUUGGGUUCUUUGUAAUUUAAAGAAUUGGUCACAUAGCAAAAUGACCAAGAGUUGUUACAACAUAGACUUUCUUUGUUUUAUUCCAAGUAUGGAAUGGAUUUGCAUUUAAGAUCCUUGUGAAUGUUUUCAGAAAUGAUAGAUAACAGUACUAAACUGAAGUCUCUCUAAAGUUAUGUAUUCAUAAUAUUGCAUAGUAGUAUGCUUAGGCUUUACUACGUACUAGCCUUUUGUUGGAUUUGUGUACGUAUUUUACGUAUGAGUUUUAAUGAUACAGUGUAUGACCGCUUUGCAUAUAUCUCCUUAUCACCUUAAGAUGUUUAAAAAAA